UCUAAGGCGAGGGCAGGGAACGAGCGAUCAAAAUGUAGUUGGGGGGAAAGCAAAACGCAGGUUACCCGAUAUGGCUACCUUUCUUGUCAUUAUUACGACGAUUCUUCUUACAUUUUGGAUAGUGUGGGUAUGCGGAUACUCACGGAAAAGGAGAGAAGGGGAACCUCCAUUAAUUACUGGUUGGCUGCCAUUCAUUGGUGUCACGUUGGAUUAUGUUUCAAACCCUUUAAGCUUCUUAAGAGAGACUCAGAAAAAAUAUGGGAAUGUUUUCACAUGUAAGAUUGCUGGGAAGUACUUCACUUUUGUAACAGACCCAUUUUCUUUCUCCAUUGUGAUGCGGCAAAGCAAAAAUCUUGACUUUCAGAAGUUUGCGAUUGGUUUUUCACACCGGGUCUUUGGUCAUGCUGACUUUAGCUCUUUGCUGCUCAGUGAGAGUUAUAAGGAAGUUCACAGCAUUUUUCGACAGACACUUCAAGGCCUGUCCCUGCAGCAGCUAUCAGAGUCCAUGCUAGGCAAUCUGCAGAUGGUUUUGGAACGCGGUCUACCAUAUGAGCAUGACUGGCUUGAAGAGGGUCUUCAGAGCUUCACAAACCGCAUCAUGUUUGAGGCAGGGUUUCUUACUCUGUUUGGAAAGAAUCCAGGGUCUCUACAGGCCGAUGACAUGUCAGGCACCAGAAUAUGCAUGCAGAAAAUGGUGCAAGACUUUUUGGUGUUUGAUCAUGCUUUCCCUGUACUGGCUGCAGGGGUUCCCAUUGGUUUGUGCACAAAAGCAUGGCGGGCAAGGGAAGCCUUAGCAGAAGAAUUGCUAAAUGAUAAGCUUCAUUGCCGGAAAUGCAUCUCAGAUCUGAUUCAGCGCAGAAUGAAUGUAUUUGACCGCAUGCAUUUGGAUGAAAGUGGAAAAGCAAAGACACAUGUGUGCAUGCUAUGGGCAUCACAGGCUAAUACUCUGCCAGCAGCUUUCUGGAGCCUGUACUAUACAUUGAGGUCUGUUGAAGCUUUCACCGCUGCUUGCACAGAGGUCAACAGGGUUUUUUUAGGUCAGUUAAUAAACAACCAGGACCAAACAAUCUGCCUUUCUAGAGAGCAGCUGGACUCUAUGGCUGUGUUAGAAAGUAUUAUUGAAGAAGCGCUUCGCCUGUCUAGUGCCUCCAUGAUGAUACGUGUUGCCAGUGAUGACUUUACACUGACACUGGAUUCAGAUCAGACAGCUGAUGUGAGAAAAGGAGAUUACAUUGCUCUUUACCCCCAACUCAUACACCUGGAUCCGGAAAUCUACCCUAGCCCUACAGAGUUCAAAUAUAACCGCUUCCUGGAUGAAAAAGGUCAACGAAAGAGUAAUUUCUUCAAAAAUGAUCGCAAACUAAAGCAUUACUUGUUGCCGUUUGGUUCUGGCGCAAGCGAGUGUCCUGGCCGUUUUUUUGCAGUACAUGAGAUUAAACAGUUCCUCGCGCUGACACUGUGGAAUUAUGACCUACAGCUCAGUGACCCUGAUGCCACUGUGGUUCCAGACAGUACUCGUGCAGGCCUGGGUAUACUGCCACCAUCACGAGAUGUACUUCUCAGAUACAGAAGGAAAACUAACCAACAGUUAUGAUAGGAAAUGGAUGAAAAGUAUAAGAUGCAAGAAGGAACAUGAAGAUCUUUGUUAAAUUGCUUAAUAAAUCAGCCACACAAUAGUAAACUGCCUUACACCAACACCGCUUCUGUAUGAUGAAAAUGUUUAUAUUUAAAAGUAAUUGUAUAUUUGCUUACAUUAAAAUGUAUUUUUUGAGAUUAGGUGGGCAUGAUUGUAAACAACGUGUAAGAAUACCUUUUACUAUUAAAAAGAGUAUUGUUUUAGAAUUA